CCUGGCACUUGCACGUUGUAAUGCACUCCUUCUCCGAUGAAAGAAUGGACUCAACAGCAUUUUGGGAGAGACGCCCACACCCGAAUACAGAGUUAUCCCUCCCUUCUGUGUAAGCGAACAUCCAAUCCUCUUCCACGUGAGGUUGUACAAGCAACUAUUUAAAAGCGUUUCUCAACAAAACCCCAUCUAACAUUACAAUACCAUAGAGGGAGGGCGGACUGCUUAUACACGUGCAGGGAACAUGCAUUUGUCGUUGUGAACUCUGCUGAUUUAGACUUUGCAAAAAGACUCCAGCAUAUAUCGUGCCUGCUCACGGAAACAUCGAAAAGUGUCCAAUGAUGGCAUUCCUGAAUCAUUUUGCGAGAGCGUACAGGAAGAAUUUUCAAGGCGACCGGCUAAAUAAGCAGCUGUUCUUCAUUUUACGCGCCUUACACAAGUCAGCAGCAAGCGAAGCUUUGGGGAUCUCCCCGGCUGGAGAAGAAGCCAUGUCACAAGGAUUGAUCACACCGGCGGAUGUCGGCGAGAAAACCAGAAUCAAGACCCUGAAGGAGAUGCCCGGACCGAGUACCCUGGCCAACCUGAUCGAAUUCUUCUGGAGGGACGGAUUCAGCAGAAUUCAUGAAAUUCAGAUGGAGCACAGAAAGAUAUAUGGAAAAAUUUUCAAGUCCCGUUUUGGGCCCCAGCUAGUGGUCUCAAUCGCAGACCGUGACCUGGUGGCUCAAGUGCUGAGGGCCGAAGGCAUUGCCCCUCAGAGAGCUAACAUGGAGUCCUGGAAGGAAUACAGAGACAUGAGAGGCCGUUCCACUGGCCUCAUCUCAGCUGAGGGAGAAGAGUGGCUGAAGAUGCGGAGCGUGCUCAGACAGCUCAUCAUGCGUCCCCGUGACGUAGCAGUCUUCUCUGAUGAUGUGAACAAAGUCGUAGAAGAUCUGAUCAAGAAAGUUUGUAUUCUGCGCACCCAGGAGUCUGAUGGAGCCACUUUAAUCAACGUGAAUGACCUCUUCUUCAAAUAUGCCAUGGAAGGUGUGGCAGCCAUUUUGUAUGAGGGCCGACUAGGCUGUUUGGAAAAUGAGAUACCCCAGGAAACCCAAGACUACAUCAGUGCACUGCAUCUCAUGUUCAGGUCCUUCAAGACAACCAUGUAUGCCGGGGCGAUUCCCAAGUGGCUUCGACCUGUCAUUCCCAAACCGUGGGAGGAAUUCUGUCUCUCCUGGGAUGGCCUCUUCAAAUUUAGCCGUAUUCAUGUUGAUAAGAGACUUGCAGAGAUCAAGGCCCAGCUGGAGCAGGGAGAGGAGGUGAAGGGGGGGAUGCUCACACACAUGCUCAUUACCAAGGAAAUGAAUAUGGAGGAGAUCUACGCCAACGUAACAGAGAUGCUACUGGCUGGGGUCGACACGACAUCCUUCACCCUUUCGUGGGCAUGCUACCUGUUAGCGCAGCAUCCUCAUAUACAGCAGCAAAUCUUUACGGAAGUGACAAGGACUCUGGGACCAGGAACAGUUGCCACAGCUGACGAUGUCCCCCGUCUGCCUCUCAUCAGAGGACUUGUCAAAGAGACUCUCAGACUUUUUCCAGUUCUCCCAGGCAACGGAAGGAUUACCCAGGAUGACUUGGUGGUGGGCGGAUACUUCAUCCCCAGAGGGACUCAGUUGGCCCUGUGUCAUUACUCCACAUCUUUGGAUGAAGAGAGCUUUGCUAAUGCUUCAGACUUCCGACCGGAUCGCUGGAUACGGAAAGAUUCCACAGAUCGUGUUGACAAUUUUGGCUCUAUUCCCUUUGGCUACGGCAUCAGGAGCUGCAUCGGCAGGAGAAUAGCAGAGUUAGAGAUGCAUCUAGCUCUCACAGGGCUCAUUCAGAGGUUCCGCAUUGGCUUAUCUCCUCUCACUGCUGAUGUUAAGGCCAAAACCCAUGGCCUACUCUGUCCUGCUACCCCCAUCCACUUGCAGUUCAUCGACAGGGAAAACUAGACGCUGACUCCUCUCCACAAGGUCUUCUGCACUGCAUGUUUUUAAAGUGCUGAUUCAUUAUUUGGGUGUUUUUUAAUACACUGCUUUUAGUACACCUUCCACUGUUUAGAUUUUAGAUACCAAGCUCAGACUGAGGUUUUACUCAGGCAAGAAAUGUGUCUCACCUCCUGUUUGGUAGCGAGGAGGACACAAAAAUAGUACUGGACCAAUAAUGUAAAGAUAAAAGCUGUUUUGUAUGUAUAUUAUUUGUACUUAGUGAAAAACCACUUCAAUUUGUUUGGACUGUUAAUCCUUCCAUUCAUCCUAUUCAAAAUAGGGAGUGGAAAAACGAACUAUAACCUAUAUACUUAAAUUGUAUCCUUUUUAUGUUAAAGUGCAUGCAUGUAUGUAAUAAUGUCUGCACACACAUUAAUGCAUAAUCACACUGUUUCCGUCUUAAGUUUGAGAAAGCAGUUCAUUGAGAAUGUACUGAUAAGUAGCUGUUUUUAGAAGUAUGUAUAUAAUGAGCUUUGUGUUUGAUGCUUAUGUUUUCUCUGUGUUGGAAACCAAAAUAUUUUAGAAGGUUGCUUUUCUCUGGCACCACAAUUUCUUUUCAUUCAUGCUGCAGAAGAACAUUUAAUCACUACAGUGGCAUUACAUCAGUUUAAUCCAUGUAUUGUGUAUCCAUACACAGUUAAUUGAGGGGGGAAUAAGGGUUUAUAACAGUUAUAUCCUCAUCCUGUCAAGCUGAACUAAUGAACUAUUAUAAACUAAAUUAAUCAAAAAGUGUGUUGCUCAACGAGGGAAAAUGCACAUCUUUAUUCGUACAAUCUAUUUGGAUCAAAAAAUGCGUUCAAUAUUUUGGGUGUAUAUGAUGUUUGUGUGAAUACAAGUAUUUUACCAGAAUAUCGCUUACAUUAUGAUUUUAUUGAGAGGGAUAAUGUAUGAUACAGAACAGUUUGUUGCAAGGGGAAGAGACAAGUUGUUGUUGGAUUGUGCCAUUUUGAAAGAUCACACUGCAAGGAGGAAAAUGGAAAACACUUUAAGUCUUUGUAUUUAUCUGCUCCUAUGUCUAUUUGUACGUUGUUACUGUAGUAAACGUGUGUGUGUGUGUGUGUGUGUGUGUGUGUGUGUGUGUGUGUGUGUGUGUGUCUUUUGUCAAGAUUUUUAAGUCCAUAAUACUUUUAAAGUGUCAGUUUUACGGUGUACAAAAGGUAGAACAUUAGAAAGCCAUAGCUUAACACAUUUAUAAGUAUUACAAAUGCAUAACAAUGGAACAAAACCAGAGAUGAAUAAAUAAAACUAAUCUUUACUUUGUAGUUUUUGGGAGUGAAGUUCCUAAGUCCUUGAGGUAGAUGUAAAUUCACACCAAUGCACUGAUGUAACCAAUAAAUACAUGAAUCAACUGAUUCAAAAUAUUUUGCACCCAAACAUUGUUCAAAACCACAGAUUUUCUUAAAUUCGAUUCAUUUUUAAGAUCCUGAGAUGUACAAAAAUACCACACAUGUCAUAUAAAUAGCAUGGACAUUAUAAAAUGAUAGACAAUACAUCUAAAUAGAUAGUACUGUAUAUGUAAACCAUGUAAUAAUAUUUAUAUAAAAUAAUGUGACUUUUGUAUCAUGACUGAA